CGUUUCUGUUCGGAGAGACACGCCACCAUGCCUGAUCCCUCAAAAUCUGCUCCGGCCCCGAAGAAGGGCUCUAAGAAGGCCGUUACUAAGGCGCAGAAGAAGGACGGCAAAAAACGCAAGCGCAGCCGGAAGGAGAGCUAUUCUAUCUACGUGUACAAGGUGUUGAAGCAGGUACACCCAGACACCGGUAUCUCAUCCAAGGCCAUGGGCAUCAUGAAUUCCUUUGUCAACGACAUCUUCGAGCGUAUUGCCAGCGAGGCCUCUCGCCUGGCGCACUACAACAAGCGCUCCACCAUCACGUCCCGCGAGGUGCAAACGGCUGUGCGCCUGCUGCUUCCCGGGGAGCUAGCCAAGCACGCUGUGUCUGAGGGUACCAAGGCUGUCACCAAGUACACCAGCUCCAAGUGAAGCGCCCGGCGAUGCGCCCCGAACCCAAAGGCUCUUUUCAGAGCCACCCACAUCUUCGAGAAAGGGUUUUGAACACAGUUAAGUGUUACGUAA